AUGUUUGCUAAGAAGUUGAUUGUUCUGGUUGCCUUUGUGAUGCUGAUUACUUUAUUGGAACAGAUAAAAUCAGGAGUUAAUGGGCGCGUGGCAAAACCGAAGAAGGCUGGUCGAGUUAAAGUCAUCCAUACAGGUCCCCGUGUUUGGAAACUCAAGAAAACGGUGGAAGAAUUGAAAAAGCAACUCGCCUCUUUGGAGCGGUGUGAACGUAAGAAACAGUUAACUACGCUUUAUUAUUUUUAUUAACCACCACCUUAAAACGUUAAAACAACCCUCUUGAAUGUGAUUUAUCACAAUAGGCGUCUCGCCCAAUCAAUACAAUUUAUUUUUAACUCGUUUGUUUGUUAGUUUUUCUUUUUGCUUUAAAGCAGUUUGCUUCAAGUGCAAUCUUUACAGAAUGUUGUAGUUCUUGCUCAGACGGAUUUCAUCACCUCAAAAAUUUGGGCGAAAAGGGAGAGGAAACCGCUACGUUAAAAAAACUUUUUGAUCUAAGAUCUAGAUAUGGCGUACGAUCCCCACCAAACUUCAUUGUUUGAAGUUUAAAUUCAUUAUUUAAAUUUCUACUUGAAUUUUAUAGCCGAAUAUAAAAUUUUACACUCUUCCUUCAGAUUUCGCAUCAUUGGAAAACUUUUUUACACUCGUCUUUUAUUUUUUAAACUCAACUCUUUUAUUUGACUUUGCUCGCCGUAUAUUUUCAACUCGCUUCAUCAAAUUACACUUGCCGAGUCAUCCUUGAAAAUUUUCAACGCGCCGACUUCUGAAUUUUCAUUCACGCUUCAGUGAUCGUUGAUCAAGACCAUCUGUUUUUGAUACGUGACCUUGUAGUUUUGCUCUAACGAGGAUACCUCCCAGCGAUUUUGCUCGUUUAUAUGAAAUGAUGGGAGGCUCGUUGUAUAUUUCUCUCUGUAGUGGUUGAUCUUGAAGUAAGUGCCAUUUGCUCAUUAAAAUUUUUUCUAUCAGAUUGUGAGGGUAGCCUCUGGCGUGAAGGCGUUUUUUGAAGUUGUAGAUGUUCUCAUAGAAGGAUUUAGCUGAGGAGUUAGUUCUCAGAAGUCUAAGGGCUUCGCCCUUGCUUUAUGAGACCUUUUCUGACCCUGUGAGGGUUACAGGAAGAGAAAUGCGUGUAUUGAAAAAAGUCUCUGUAGGUUUAAAAUGUGUGCGGAUGUCAAGGAUUCCUUGGUUGUGAAAUCUGUUGUGAAGUAUUUUGAAAGUUAUUUUUAAGACAGAUCUAUCUUAUCUUUUAAGUUUAGUUUUUGUUUCAUUAAGUCUUGUUUUUGGCCAUGCGUACAUGUUUUCCUGUUUUGAUCUUUUGUCUUUACUUGUACUUGAAGUUAUGCUUAGUUCGCGAAUUUACUUAUUUCCAUAUUAGGAAAGUUAUUCGCUUGGCAUUGUCAGAUGUUAGUUCUUUUACAGGUGAUCGUGUUUGUGGUGUUAGAGCUGACCUUCGUUCUUUGGUAGGCCAUCAACGAAUGAUGAUAUUCGUUCGGUGGGUCCGUCGUUUCCUGCCACCAUAGGUCGGCCAACAGGAGUUAGCUUAUGAAUCUUUGUGAGACUGUAGAAGACAGGUAUUCUGGGUGGGUUAGGUGUCUGUGAUAACCAUUUAACAGUCAUUUCGACAAUGAAACUUCCCUGAUGUAGUUCUUCGACUAUUUUUUUUUACUUUUUGGAAAGUUGCCCUUGCCAUGGGGUCUUCGAGGGGUGUGUAGUUGUUUCCAUUGUCUAGUAGGGUCUGCCCCUCUUGUGUUUUAUUUAGUUUGUUUAUUAUGACUGUGGUAGUACCUUUAUCCGCUUUAGUGACGUUUAUUUCAGAGUUAUUUUUUAGCUCUGUCAUAGCUUUUCUCUCAUUUAGUGGUAGGUUGGGUAUAGCUUUGGUUAUCGGUGUGUGCGCAAGUUGUAUUUUAAUUUCCUCUAGAUAGCUUUCUAGGGUGACAGACUGCUGAACUGGUGGUUCCCAGUUUGACUUCACGUAAAAGGGGUGGAUGUUUUAUCCUUGCCGUGAUAUAUAAACUGGAGCCACAUUCUCCUAGCAAAAUCUUUGAAGUCUGUAUAAGGAGUUGUUUUCUUAAUGCGGUUUCGUUUGUUAUUGGCAUAGGGACAAAUUUUAAUCCACGAGAGAGAAGAUUUAUCUGAUCAUUUGUAAGUUCUAGAUUGGAGAGGUCCUUUAUGUAUUUUCUAUUGGAUUCUGUUUUCAUAGCUCUAAUAUCUUUGCGGGUUUUCUUUCUGUGUGCUUUUUGGUCUUAAAUUUGCGCUUUCUAAUCCCGUAGUCCUUCUUAUUCCUUGACCCUGGCUCAGAGACCACACGAGUGUAAUCAGAAGUGUAAGUUUCAACAGUUUUAUUGUUUGCCUCUUUAAGAGUCCUUUAAGGUCGUACAACAUUUCAUUUACUUCUUCAAGACGUUUCUCUAGGUUAGCCGUGACUGCUUUUAAACUUUCUGGAAUUUUACAUGAGUCAGAUUGACUUUUGCUUGCUUAAACUGAUGUAUUCUUAUUACAAGAUUUGGCUUUUCGCAAUUGUGCCUGGUUGCGGUCGAUAGAAAUUUCUGCUAAGCCUCCUUUCGGAUAAUGUCGGACUUAAAGUCCUCGUCUGGAAAAAUGUUCGCUUUUGCGUCGUAACGCAAGUCUGGCGGACAAGUGCUGUUUUCCAUGUGUCUUUUCAGUUUAAUGACUGAUUGUUCGGAGCUCUCUAUUUUGUCUUUCAUGUGAGAGAUGUCAUUAACAUCAACCACUACUGAGAGAAAUGAGCCUCCCGUUAUUUCAUAUAAAAGAGCAAAAUCGCUGAGAGAUAUCCUCGUUAGAGCAAAACUAUAAGGUCACGUAUCACACUAUCACGAGCUUAUGAGUCGUGUUUGGCCUGUCAGUACCUUCCACCUAUCUCUGUGCGCUCGAUCAUGUAAUGGCGGAUCCUAUGCCAGCCACGAUAGAACCGGGAAAUCCCCACAAUUUAUGAUAAUACGAUUUAAGUACUCCAAUCGAAGCAAAAUUCCGCUAUAAUCACCGUCCUGAUAGGAAUCUAAACGCUCCAAAGUUUCUUGUACAACGGCGCUUGUUAUUUGUUUCUAUGUAUAUACUAAUCUUGUUUAGAGACAUACUUUAGCCCAUUAACAUUGUUAUAUUUAAAUGUAACAUAAGAUGUGUAAUUUUAUCUUUUGAGCAAUAAAGACACUUUAUUUAUUUUUAUUUAUUUAUUUAGCAAGUGCGAACGCUGCCGCCAUGUUUGUACAAAAGGCGCAAAGCAUGAUGGACUAA